UUUACCAACCAAUCUCAUAUUUUACAACUAGAUUUGUUAGAUUUUCGUUAUGUUCUGAAUAUAUUGGCAUCUGUUCCAGAUUUUAAAUGGAAAAACUGCAAAAUAUUUGUCGCUUGUGUCUCGAUUCCAAUGGAUCUAGCAACAUAUCUGUAACUGAUUCCGAUCUUCAGGCAAAGAUGCAGGUCAUUUUCAAAUUCGAAUUUAUCGAAGAAGAGCGUUUUCCAAAUAGAGUUUGUCUUACAUGCUCGUCUAAAAUCAUGGACUAUCACCAUUUCCAUGAGAUGGUUUGCGCAAAUCAGGCCCAGCUUCUAGCGCUCUCUAACACUGUAAUGCGUACAUCGUCUCCAGAUGAUAUCAAAUUAGAUAUUUCGUUGGACUUUGUCGAGAAAUAUAGUGAUAAAUCGUACAAAUCCGACAGCCCAGCUAUUGAUACCGAUACGACAGUUCUUCAUUCCAUUUCGCCGUCAUUAAAUCCUGGUAUUCAAACAAAUGAUGAAUUGUUAAAGGUAAUGAAAAGGACAAGAAGAAAGAAAAUUAUUCCUUUGCAAGCACUCAACAAAAUUAGUGCAGAAGAAAAAGUGAGAAGAUUGAAAGAAGAAAACAGGAAAAUCAAAGAAUUUUUUACCCUAAACUGCGAAAUUUGCACAGAAUCGUUCGAUUCGUUUGAUAAACUUCAGAGGCAUACUCGAAAAAUUCAUAAAACACAGGGAACUAUAAAAUGUUGCAACAGAAUAUUUUAUAAAAAAUGCAGGAUCUUAGAUCACAUAAAUUCCCACGUGAAUCCAAAUCAAUAUCAUUGCAACAUAUGCAACAAAAACUACAACGAUAAAUACUAUUUGGAUUUACAUCGACUACGAAUGCACAAUACCGGUAAAAAACCGUUCAAGUGUGACAAGUGUGCACAAACAUUCCACAAGGAAUAUCUUCUGAAAGCGCAUCUCAGUACCCAUAUUCAAGUGCAAUGCUCAAUUUGUCACAAGAUCCUAGCAAGUGCUUCGACUCUUCGUACGCACAUGAUUCAUAUGCACAGUGAGGAUUCCAAGCUUAUAUGUGACAGCUGUGGGCAAGCAUUUCGUACGAAGCUGGCUAUGGAGAGGCACAUCAAGAGGCACCUAGGUAUCAAUCCCAUUGAAAGAAUCCAGUGUGACAUAUGCAGCAAAUGGGUUAACGGAAGACCUAACCUAAAGGUUCACAUCAAAACGGUCCAUAGCGAAGAGAAACAAGAGGUCGCAUGCGACCUGUGUCAGCAAAUCUAUCCUAACAUAAGAGCACUCGGCAGCCACAAACGGCGAGUGCAUGUAGAGGAACGGUUUGAGUGUGAAUUUUGCGGGAAGAAAUUCAAACGAAAUAUCUACCUAAAGGAACAUCGUGCUUCACAUACGGGACAAACGCUUUAUUCGUGCGAUGUCUGCGGAAUGUGUACCAACUCGAAUGCGAACCUGUACUCGCACAAGAAAAGUAAACACCCGGAAGAGUGGAUGGCAGCGAAGAAGAAAGCUAUUGCGGUAGCCUACGGACAGUAGAUGUCAUCCGACGGAGACAAUCGUUCGUUUUAAAACUGGCUGGAAGUUGGUAGUUUUAUCUAGCCAUUUAGUUUAAUCUUAGGUUUAAAUAUGAGCUG